UCUCGCUAUCCUCUUCUUUCUUUGAAAUCACAUUUCUUGUCACAUUAAAUAUUCUUCACCACCUUCCCUCAUGUUCGAUUCCCAAUGUAAGAAAGAGAGAGAAUUGCAGAGAAGAUAGCUGCUUCCAACAUCUCUUGUCUGCUAAUUUAAAAAACUCAAGAACUACAAAAACAAAACAAAAAAAAAGCAACCAUUCCUUGGUUUUUUGUAUCCUCAUCCAUCAUUCUUCAUUAAACUCUUUUUUUUGUCAGUCCCUUUUCACCACUGUGUUUAACUUAAAGAAGUGAAAAAAAGAAAGAAAAAAAAAGUGUAAGCUUUUUCUUACUUCAAAUGGGAAGAAACUGCCACGGCGGUGGCGGUGAUGGAGCAAUCUUUUCCUCAUCUAAGUCCAAGAGAAAAACAAAUGGAUGCAUGGCUGCUUUUCACCACUUGUUUGAUUUUCAACAUUUUUACUUCCAUUCUCAUAAUCACCUCACCAUUGAUUCUCCUUCAAGGUCAAAAGGCUUGAAGUUAAUAGAAGAGUCUCUACCAUUAACAACCUAUAAGGACAAACAAAUUUUGAAUAUUCCUGUAAGCAUGAGAGUGAGAACAGAGGUAGGGACAAAGAGUUCAAGACUGAGAGCUCUUGCGACUGAUAGUUCCACAUCUUCAUCUGAAAUAUGCAGCUCACCAGGAAGCAAAACACCAAACUUGGUGGCUAGACUAAUGGGUCUUGACCUUCUUCCUGAUAGAAAUGAUUCAAUGUCAAAUCAUCAUACUAUGUCGAGCUAUCAUGGAUCAAGUCGUCUCACAAACCAUAGACUUUCCAAUAAAGGCACACGAUCUCUACCGGUGAGCCCUAGAAUCUCCUCUGCUCGGAUAUCGGAUUUCGACAUUCAUCGUCUCUCUCUUCAGCUGAACAAAGAGAAUAAGCAUGAAGAGUUUAGGUGUUCAAGGCUGAAAGAGAUGAAACAAGACCAAGAAGAGAACCGAAGUCCGAGAGAUUACGCGAGGCAGAUAGUAAAACAAAUCAAAGAAAGAGUCGUCACUGGAAGAGUCGUCGGUAUGGAUGUAACAAACUCGGUGAAGAACAGAGAGGCAAGACCAUUACAUGAGCCUAGAAGAGACACAACAGUUUCUUGCUCACCAAGAACCAGGUUUUCAAAUAAAGAAAACAAACCAAGCACCACUCGUAAACCUAAUUCCUCAUCUUCCUUCAGACAAGAACAGAUCAUUCAUCAGAAGCCAAAGCCAACAACAGUGAUUCUUGUUUCCAUGUCAAAAGCCACUGGAGAGAAACAGAGUCAGAACAGAGUAAAACAAAGGCAACUAAAACCCAUCAACCGAUGCAACAAGGCAGAGAUUGAAACAAGGCUCACUACUCAACGUCCCAUAAUAAAGUCUACUUCUCCAACAUCCGAUAUUCGAAUCAAACAGCGAGAGACUAUCUUGUCAGAACCAAGAGACGUUAAAGCCAAGCCUUCACACAAGAUGUUCAAGAAAAUACCAAAGUCAAAUGUUCUUGAAAACAUCUCUGCCACACGACCUCCUCAGAAACAGAUUAACGAAAGAGAUAGACCGAAAUCGAAUGAAGACGCAUACGUUUGCUCUAGUUUGAUAAACAAAAUCGAGAAGAAUAGUCCACAAGUAGCCAGUGAACUCGAUUCUGAAAAAGACUACAUCAGAAGAAUAAUGAAUAUUGCGGCUGUAGCGAGAUAUAGCAGCAAGUGUUGUCAAGUUCCUGGAGAGCUUGCUUUAAUGGAAGUUGAUCACCUUCUACAGAAGAAGAAGAAGAAGGUUGAAGAGGAAGAAGAAGAGAUCAUUGCAGAGAUUGAGCGGGAUAUCAUAGACGCGCUCGUUCAAGAAACCGCGUCUGAACUGAGACAAAUCAUUUGGUGAUUUAAUUUAUGGACUGCGACUAAUUAAGUAUUAGAAUAGUUUCUUUAUUGGGCCAUUUGUAUUUAGCUCUGUAAUUCCCCAAAGGCCAUAGGUGUUUAUAUUUAAUUUUCA